AUGCACAUACACAUUCACACACAUUCACACACAUUCACACAUGUCGCCGAUGGUGUGUUCUAUGCUGAAUUGAACGAAUAUCUUACUCGUGAAUUGGCUGAAGAUGGUUAUGCUGGUGUUGAAGUUCGUGUGACCCCUGCUCGCACUGAAAUCAUUAUCCGUGCCACUCAUACUCAAAAUGUUCUUGGUGAAAAAGGUCGUCGUAUUCGUGAAUUGACCACUCUUGUUCAAAAACGAUUCAAGUUCACUGAAAACUCUGUAGAAUUGUAUGCCGAACGAGUUCAAAACCGUGGUUUAUGUGCCAUUGCUCAAUGUGAAUCCGUCAAGUUCAAGUUACUCAACGGUUUGGCUGUACGACGUGCCUGUUAUGGUGUUGUUCGUUUCGUUAUGGAAUCUGGUGCCAAGGGUUGUGAAGUGGUUGUGUCUGGUAAGCUCCGUGCUGCUCGUGCUAAGGCUAUGAAGUUCAGUGAUGGUUUCAUGAUCCACUCUGGUCAACCUACUCGUGAUUUCAUCACCACUGCUGUGCGUCACGUUCUUUUACGUCAAGGUGUGCUUGGUAUCAAGGUCAAGAUCAUGUUAGAUAAUGAUCCUACUGGUCGUCAAGGUCCUAAGCAAACUUUGCCUGAUAUCGUUACUAUUUUGGAACCUAAAGAAGAAACUAACAUUGAAGUCCCCACUGCUCAAGAAUUCGGUGUACCUGCUCCUGUCACUCCCGCUCCUGUAGAAGCUUGA